AUGAACAAGUUGCAGAGUUUGCAUUUGUUUAUGAAUGAAAUUCAUGACGAGGGUGCGAAAAUGAUUGCUUCGCAUGAACAGUUUCAACAUUUGACACUCCUCGAUGUUGGACAAAAUUAUCUUUCUGAUGAAGGACUCAAAUCGAUUGCAAUGAGUUGGAAUUUGAAGAAUUUGAAAACCUUGAAAGCCUCUGUGAAUCGUUUUACUGCAGAAUCUAUCGAAACGUUGGUCACGAGUGUUCCGAUGAGUCAUUUGACAUUUCUCGGUUUAUCUUACAAUGACAUUCGUGGUGAAGGAUUGCUCUUGAUUGUGACAAGCCCAAACCUGCAACAUUUAUCCACUCUUAUUCUGGACAGUAUUGGCUUGAGACAUAAUGACACAAGAAUAUUUAUGGAGAGCCAAUAUUUGAAUGAAUUAACCACUCUCAGUCUUGCCUUCAACGAGCGCCUUGGAAAAAAGGGUGUUCAAUAUCUUGUCCAAAGCUCAUGCUUGAAAAACUUAACAAGUCUUCACUUGAGAAAGAAAUCCUUAGUGAAAUACCUUCUUCCAAGUCCCUUCUUGGCAAAAUUGAAAAAUAUUCAAUUGAAGUAA